AUGGGUUCCUUCUUUAUGCUACUAAUUUUCCUUCCACUAUCUUUCUCAUUUACGUCACCUACGUGGGACCUAACAGAAUGCAUCGGUACUCUACUUAAAACAUUUAUCAUAGAAAUACAUCAAGCUAUAGUAAAACCUAUCUCAGUGAUUCUGGACGAAGACAAUUUUGUCGCGAACCAUGUUCUGCCCAUUUUACACGACGAAUUUACGUGGCCGAUUUACGUAACCGACUUAAACAAAACCAAAGAGUUCAGAAAGAGAACUAGGUGCAGUUUGAACUACGUUUUAGCCAUCAAAUCGGUGGAAAAUUUAGUGGGGAUAGUGAAGGGUUUAAAGGAUGGAGAUGAGUACUGGAACCACCACGUUAAACUUUUGAUUGUCGUUAUGAGUGACGAAAACUGGCGAAUAAUGGAGAAAAUCGCUGAUGUGAUCAGAUGGGAGGAUGUGAACGCUGUUAUUAUCACCCAGGAUGUUAUAUGGGUUAUAAAAGGGACAUACUGCGUUUUAAAUGGAUGUCAAUGGAAUGAGUGGGAUACAAUUGUCUCCAACUGUCCUAAGAACGUUAGAGUUGUGCAGAAUAAAGUCCGGAAGAUGUACAGGGCAUUGUACAUGCCAAAUGAACCUUGUAAUAUCAAUGUAACAAAUAAUAGUAUAGGGAAAUAUGAUUAUUUUAUCCAUAACGGUGUUUUGUACAGUAUUCUUACGGUUAUAGCUGACCUUGUGAGAAUUAAACUACACUUAUUUAAGACGAAACACACUUAUGGUAAUGUCUAUUCUAAUGGCACAUGUACGGGUGUUUUCAAAGAGUUUGAAAACAAAAAUUUCGACUUACUCUUAGCCUGUCUAGCUUUUUCAAACGAUAGAACUGCUAAAUUUUACAACACAUACCCUUUAUUAAACCUCAAGUUUGUUUGGUUUGUGCCACAUGGUCUCGUCUCUACCAAUUUAAAGAGCUUGGGUCAAAUGGUGGACCCAGAAAUCCUCUGUCUUUUAGUAGCAAGUCUAGGGCUUGUUGGUAUGGCUAUACGGGUUACAGGCGUCUUUUUAAGACAUCCAUUUAACGCCCAAACAGUCGCUUUUACUAUCUAUUCAGCAGCCAUCGGCGCCCCAGUACAUAUACCGCGUUUAAACGCUUUACGAUUGCUUUUGUCAUUUGUAGUGGUCCUCAACAUCUUCACUAACGUAGCGUUUUUAACAGCCUUAACCAGUAACUUGUCGAACUUGAAAUACGCAGAAAAAAUAGACUCUGAACUUAAAAUCAUCAAGUAUAACUUACAACCUUACGCAUACGCCACUCUGAAAAAUUACUUUGAUAAUACUGUGCUUAAAGGAAGAGUAGAAGGGUGCUAUAACUCCAAGCAAUGCAUGAAAGAUGUAGCAUACAAAAAAAACACAGCAUUGGCGUAUGCUACAACUAAUAACAACUAUAUUAUAAACAAUUAUACUGACAAUGGAUACCCUUUAUUACACAUUAUCAAAGAUGAGAUAGGAACAAUACCACUAAGUCUCUACAUGAGAAGAGGUUUUCAUUUCUAUACCCAUGUUAACAAAUACUUGUUUCUUCUGAAUGAUUGUGGAUUCUUGGCCAAAUUCUUUAAAGACAACGAUGAGAAAGACCUUGAAAAUAGUGACAUUGUACCUUACGCCUAUGAAACACAGUUAGUUUUCUUCGAAAACUUCCCUAUCAAAGAAAAAAUUAAAGUGUGCUAUGAUUCGAAGUCGUGCAUGAAAAAUGUAGCUUACUCAAAAAAAGUUGGAUUCGCUCUAUCCACUUUAGAUGAAAAUUAUGUUUCAAGUCAAUACAAAUCAAAAAAUGGUGAUCCGUUGGUAUACUGUAUAAGGGAGUAUUUACUAUUGUGCCCAAUAACUGCCUAUAUGCGGUAUGGUUUCCCUUAUUACAAAAAAUUUUCAGAAACAACUUUGAAACUUUUCGAUGGAGGUUUUAUUAUGAAAUUUCUAAAUGAUGUGCACAAAAAAGAGGUUAAAGAAACUGAGAAGACAGCUAAAUUUAUAAAGUUGACAGAGACUGAAAAACAAAGUCUCAAAGAACUGAUGUCGAUCGAGGACGAAUUGAAUUCCAACAUGGAAUGGUCAGUUUAUAAACAAUGCUUUCGCAAUAGCUACAAAGAUCUAACGGAAUUGGAAGCGUUCGAACUAAAAUUUCGAGACGAAAAUAUAAUAACAGUUGCAAUACUUAACCCCUCCUUCAACAAACAAAUUCUAAACUUCGAGUCCUCGUUGGAUGUCCAGAUGAUUCAAACAUUUGAUUCGUUGAACUCUUUUCAACAGUUGGUGGUGAAAUGCAGCGCGGUUUUAAAGGACCAUUUUCCGAGGAACAUGCUUAAGUUUAUUGUGAAUUCGGGGUCGUUGCGACAAAUCGGGUUAGCAAUUAAGACCUUAUUUGAGAAGAAGGUUUUCUGCUGCGCUUACGGGGAUUUUUUGAUGGGAAACGAUAUGCACUUCAAGGGAAGAUUAAUAGAUCCUAAUAGCGUGACUAGUAAUAAAUGUGAAUGCACUGGACUUAUAAUAGAAGAUAGUAUUCUCUUCGAAGGUGGUAUAAUUGGUAUUCACACUGUUAGACGUUUACAAAAAAGAGAUAAAUUAAUAAGAACAUUUGAAAACAACAUAUUUUCACAAUGUCAGUGCCAUUUGAUUUUGAUUAGUGUAUAUGCAGAGCUCAUAGAUCAUUGCAAGGGAGCAGAUAAUCUUGAAAAACUAAUGGAAUCGAGCCUUAAGUAUGCAAAAUUAUCAAUUGAAAUCCGAAAUUUACCUGAAGCCAAAUUACAUCUUGAUCAUGCUAUGGAACUAUUAGUUGGCAUGGGUAAAUGGAAGAAAGCACUACUGGCAGCAAAUUGGGCUUUAAAAAAAGCUGUAAGCUCCUCAAUGAGUUAUGUUAGCUUAUGCAAAGCUUAUGGUAAUCUAAUUACAAUUAAUUCUUUUAUUGGUAAAAAGUCAUUUUCCGCGGCGCUGGAAACAUACGCCUUACGAAUGAUACACUUUAAAAGAUUCAUUGUAUUACCGGAAGAAGUUAAAGCCACCGGACAACUUUAUUUGGCUAUAUUUAAGGGCAGAAUGUUUAGAUCGGAAUUAAUAAAGGCGUUGUCAAUUGGAUUUGUGACAAGCAAUUUGGCGAACUCUAAAUAUUCCAAUAACGUUUUAAUGGAAUUUUUUCCCAUGUUUAUUAUAGUAAUAAUUUUUAGAAAACUAUUAAAUGAGGCCGUGUCGGUUUUGCAAGAGUUGGAAUUUUAUUCAACUGAACAAAGGGAUAUAAGGGGAAAAUUAAAGUUUUAUAAUUGUUGCCUGGUUAUGCAAUUAGAAACAUGUUAUACAAUAGUAUCGAUGAGAAGAGUUGAGGAGUUUUUUAAAACCGAAGGAUUUGUUAUUAAUACGGAAGAACCCGACUCUGAAGUUAGAAUUAGUGUGGUUAUGUGGUUGUGGUAA